CUUUCUUAACUGUUCUAAAAUUUUCUGUUUGGUGGAAAUGAAUUCCAUUCCUUUCUCCAUUGUUCCAUACAUUCCUUCAAAGCAGCCAUUGUUACUCUGUACCAAAAAUUCCCAAACAACAACUGAUACAAUUCCACAUUUUAUCAAAUCCUCAAUACUCACGUCUUCUUCGAAAUCUGUGAAUAAACUCGCAGAAACAAUUAGUCCAUUGUCUUUUUCGUUCAAUAGAAGAGAAACCCUAAGUGCUUUCGGAUUGGGUUUUUCGGCGAUUUUGUUUGAGGCUCUUUUGCAGCCGCAGUCGAAUAUUGAAGCAAUUGCUGAAGAAGCUGCAGCUACGGAAUGUGAAUUCACAGUUACACCUUCAGGUCUUGCUUAUUGUGAUAAAGUUGUGGGUUAUGGACCUGAAGCUGUUAAAGGACAAUUGAUUAAGGCACAUUAUGUAGGUAAACUGGAAAAUGGGAAGGUCUUCGAUAGCAGCUACAAUCGUGGAAAGCCUCUUACAUUUCGCGUUGGUGUUGGCGAGGUUAUUAAAGGUUGGGAUCAGGGAAUUCUAGGAGGUGAUGAUUUUCCUCCAAUGCUAACUGGAGGAAAGCGUAAACUAAAGAUUCCUCCAGAACUUGGAUAUGGGAUAAGAGGAGCUGGUUGCAGAGGAGGUACAUGCAUUAUUCCUCCAGACUCUGUUCUAUUGUUCGAUGUGGAGUUCGUUGGCAAGGCAUAGAUUUCAGCAACAGAGGUAUAGUUUCUUCCAUGAAGCUAUUCAUAAAAUGAUUGAUCUUCUUUGCAGCC